AAAAUGAAUCAAUAACAGAAAUUCAAAUGAUUCAAGACAGCCAUAAUGAUAUUUUAAUUGAAAACGUUAACUUAACUUCUAGCAACCAAAUUAGUGUUGGUGAUACAUUUCUUUCUUGGGAGCUUGCAGAGAUACGUCUAAAUCAAUAUGCAAAGAACAGGAGGGAAC